CUCACCGCUCAAUGCUCCUUCUCCAAGUCAUUGCUGAAGAACAGGAACACCAUCUUCACCCUGGGUAACCGUGGAAACGUGAUUGCCUCAUCGGAACUGGAAGCCCCCAUCAUCGUGCCCCACGUAGCACAGAAGAACGACACUCGGUACCCCUUUGAGAGCCUGUUUCGGAGCCAGCACUACGGCCUUCUAGACAACAGCUGUCGUGAAUACCUCUUCCUCUGUGACUUCUUCAUGGUGACCGGAAACUCCGCUCAAGAUCUCUUCAACGCCAUCAAGGGUAAAACCCUCAGCAUUGUCUUGAAACACGUGGACACCUAUGUUGCCGAUUGCUACGACAGUAUCGCCGUUUUCCUGUCCAUCCACAUCAUCCUCCGCUUCAAGACCAUGAUGCCCAAGCGGAACGUCCCUGCUGUCGACAAUGAAGUGAAGCAGAAUGUCCAAUGCUGGAGACAAAUAGCACCUCAUAUUUCACUCGGGCAGCUUGCACCCCAGCGAACAUUGAUUUCUGAUGAAGGAUCUCGACCCGAAAACGUCACCCAUUGAGUUUGAAAAAGGGUCUCGACUCGAAACGUCACCCAUUGCUUCUCUCCAGAGACACUGCCUCUCCCGCUGAGUUACUCCAGCUUUUUGUCUAUCUUCGGUUAUACCAGCAUCUGCCAUUCCUUCUUAUACAUUGACUUCUCUAGCUUCAAGUAAGCCUUGCUUUCCCUCUCUCUCUUCAUCCCCCCCCUCCCUUCCCAGUUCUUCAACCAGUCUUACUGGCUCCGACUACAUUUUAUCUCUGUUUGCUUUGUUGUCACCUUCUCCCAGCGAACACUGGUCUAUUCUACAUUUUCCUGCAUCUCCAUUCCCUUUGUCCUGUUUUCACACCUUGCACUUCCUUAUCUAUGUAUCUCCCUCUCCCCUGACAUCAGUCUUAAGAAGGGAACUGCAGAUGCUGGUUUAAACCGAAGAUAGACACAAACUGCUUGAGUAACGCAGCGGGACAGGCAGCAUCUUUGGAGAGAAGGGUGAUGUUUCGGGUCGAGAUCCUUCUUCAGACUUGUGCAUAACGUCGCCUAUCCACGUUCUCCAUAGAUGAUGCCUGACCAGGUGAGUUACACCAGCAUUCUGUGAAACGUCACCUAUCCAUGUUCUCUACAGAUGCUGCCUGACCCGCUGAGUUACUCCAGCACUCUGUGAAACGUCACCUAUCCAUGUUCUCCACAGAUGCUGCCUGACCCGCUGAGUUA